AUGCAACAGGAACAUCUUGUGGAGGCCAUCGUUACCAUGGCUCGGGUGCUCGACUACCGUGCGCUGGAGGAGCUUAACAUGCGUCUCUCGAAAAUGCUUGCGAACGACAUGUACGUGCCGCAUCGCGGCAGAGGUGGCAUGGGUGUUGGUGGCGGACCGUCGUCAUUUAGGGGAGGCCACCGCGGCGAACACAAUCCCUUCAAUCAGCAACGCCAUCAUAUGGACCACCAUCAGCAGCAGCAUCGCGGUGGUGGUAGGGGAUUCUCCGGCGGCUUUCCGCACGAGCGCCGCCGCUACGACGACUAUAGGGAUGGCCCCGGCUACGGUGGGAAUGGCGACGCCAUGCAGGCCCCGCUGCACCACCAUCGCGGCGGCGGCGGCGGCGGCCGGGGACGCGGCGGCGCCGCCUGCGACAUCCCACCGCCCUCGUCGUACCGCAACGUCGACAGCAGCCAGGAAAACCGCAACUGGGCGACGAGUGCGGAGGACGCGGCGGCGGCCGGCGAAGGGGAGAAGGAGCAGCAGCAGCAGCGCAAGCCGGCGGUUUCCCGCCGCGGCCGGCGUCGCCCAAAUAUGGGCGGCGGUGAAAAGGAGUAG